AAGAUUCCCCGUCUCCCCAGCCCCCAAUGCCAAAGUAAUUCCGGCGCACAAAAAAACGCUGCCUUUUCUCGCAUUCCGCGGCCAAGAGAAAACCCCAAACUCUACUCGGCCGCUGCGCUAUCUCGCCCACCGGAGCGCGACGACAUGGCCUCCGCCUCCUCCCUCUUCCUGGCCUCCCCCAUCUCCACCGCGCCAGGGAUCCGCACACCCUCCUCCCCGUGCCCCGCUCGGCCGUCCCUGCGCCCCCGGCGGCCGUCCCUGGCGGUGGCGGCCGCGCUCCAGGCGGCGCACCAGCCGGCCGUGGCCGCGGCGCCGAAGCCGCCGGCCCUCCCGUUCCGCGUGGGCCACGGCUUCGACCUCCACCGCCUUGAGCCGGGCCUCCCGCUCAUCAUCGGCGGCGUCAGCAUCCCCCACGACCGCGGCUGCGACGCCCACUCCGACGGGGACGUGCUUCUGCACUGCGUGGUGGACGCCAUUCUCGGCGCCCUGGGGCUGCCGGACAUCGGGCAGAUCUUCCCGGACACCGACCCCCGGUGGAAGGGUGCAGAGUCCUGCGUGUUCAUGAGGGAAGCUGUAAAGCUAAUGCAUCAAGCAGGCUAUGAGCUGGGGAACCUUGAUGCUACACUGAUCUUGCAAAAACCAAAAAUUAGCCCGUUCAAGGAGACUAUCCGAUCUAACUUGUGUGAACUACUCGGGGCGGAUCCAUCUGUUGUCAAUCUCAAGGCCAAGACACAUGAGAAAGUCGACAGUCUAGGAGAAAACAGGAGUAUAGCUGCUCAUACCGUAGUUCUCCUGAUGCGGAAGUAGAGUGUUAGAAGUAUACUACAUAAUACAGUAAUUGUAUUGUAUUGUAGUGUUGCUGUACAAGAGGUUACUACACUAUCCCUGUGGUAUAGUCAAUACGGAAGCUUCAGGGGAAAGUAGUAAAGCUGAGUACACAAGAGAAAUGUGUAUCCAGCCUGUGUCUCCUGUUAUUGUUCCAAAAUUGUAUUCUUGUCUUGCAGGGUACUAGAUAUCAAUCAUUUUGGAAGUUCUUGUUAUUUUCUUACCGACCUUAAGAACCAUUCACAAAUUAUACAGCAAUAUACUAGUAUGAGGAUUUUACAUGUGA